UCUGUUUUACAAUUUUUUAUUUUUAUAGAAUUGUUUUUAUAAAAUAUUAACAAAUUUCUUUUUUAAUAAAAGAUGUGACGGAAAGAAGGCACAACAGGAUUGAAAAGGUUAGGUUCCACUCUAUCCAUGCUUAACUAAUGCAUCGAUGGAAUUCUAGACGGAGUAAUUAAUUGAUAUCGUUUCGUGUUCUUGGUUUGUGUAAUUUGCCAGCUCUGUUACUAUUUAUAAGAUUUAUAGAUUUUUAAUCAUUGUCCAAUGAAACAUUGAGUAUUUGUUAAAUGUACGUGUUAAAUAUUAUUUUUAUCUUUUAUAUUUUCGAAGCAGUAUUUCCAUGAAUAAUUUACAAAUUAUCUAAAUUAUCUCGGAUUUCCUAGUAUUGUGCUUAAUCUUUUUCGUUUAUCAACACUUGAAAAAGCUCAAAACGUCAUCUUAAACAAAUUUGAACAAUUUAAACUGCACACCGCACUGUGGAUCAAGAGUCGAUUCAGGGUCGACGAGAGUGAUCAACCUUCGAAUCGAUCUUGGGACGGUAUUCAAUUCAUUCCUAUAAUGAGAUAGUUUUAGAUAUAUUAUUAUUUACUAAUUUUUAAAUACUAAUACAGUUUUGUCUGAUUGGCUAACAAAUAUUUCAGAUUUAAAACGACAUUAAUACAAUACAAUAACGAACUAUACUGGCCAUAGUCUAUUAUCUAUAUUAAGAUCGCCUUAAUUAUGAGCUCGAGAUAUUUGUUAGCCAAUCAAAUAGCUGAAUUAAUAUCUAGAAAGUAUACUUAAGACCAACUUGUUACAAGAAUGGACUAUAAACGCCGCCCUUGCAAUUACAUUUCUAUCGAACUGCAUUUUCAAGAUUUUCUAGCGCUCCAGAAAAUGUUAUUACGCAUGCUUGAGAUUAGACUUGUGAUAAGGUCCCACUGAUCGCCUCCAACUUGUUGAAUGUGGCUAAUUCACAAACGUGAACCUUUGACAGGUCUGAUCCUCAAGCUUCUUACGAUGCUUCCGUAAAUUGUGACAAAUGAUGAUUGAAAUUGUUGAUGGAAAAUCCAGACGAGACGAUAUUGUUUCUUACAGUUUACAUUUCCAGAUGGACGCGUGGCAACGCGUGAAAAACUUUGAAUUCGGCCAGCUCCGAAGUCCGAAUCAGUGAUUGCAUGCACAUGCGCAGCGAGAGCAGCCAGCUGAGCAAUCUCGUGCGGGCACGUCAGUAAAUAUCGUAGGCGCAGCCUCUGUUUCAACCACAUACAUAUCUUAUCUGCCUCUCUUCUUCAACCCUUUUCCUAUUUUUAUGAAAUAUGAAAAAUUUUAGAAUGAACGUGCAUAAAUGUAUUAUCGUAUUUUCAUAUAAAAACUUUUUCGAACAUUUUCUACAGGUGAUUAUACUUUCUAAUGCGAAUCAAAUACUUCUGAUGCUGGGCUCACUGCGCAUGCGGCUCCGGAAUGUCAUUGGUCCGAAUGGUAGACUACUAUCAGUAGUUAGAUCUCAGAAAUUUCAGUACUUCCCCGACUUUUAAAGUGCUUCCUAAAUUUUCACGAAACGAUUCCUGCUGUUUCGCUGUACACCAUCUGGCCUCUUGAGCAGCGAAUUUCUUCCCGUCUAACCUCGAGUCGAAAACAAAGGAAAGAGUGGCUCCUUGUAAUCAAGGAAUCGUGGAUUAUUACACCGUUGAAUCAAGUUUUAUAUUACACAAUAUAAUACAUAAGUUGCAUCAGUAAGAAAGAAAUUGGGAUAAAAGGAGAAAAGGACAUACGUUUUAUACAAAACUUGAGAGAUUAGAUAGUAAAUAAUAGAGAGAGAAGAGAGAUAAGUUUAUUUUCAAUAUCAAUGUUAUUAAGAUUUUCUGCAGUUGUUGUCUUCUUCCUGUCAGCUGUCUUCCUCUUAAAGAAGACUGAUCGAUAUUUUAACACAAUAUUAUAAUUGAAAAGCCAGAUAUCCUGUUUUGAGAUUCAUGUAAAUAAGUAAGUAAAUAAACAAUUGUUUUGUUAAUACCAACUGCUUUAAAAUUUGGUUACUUGCUUUAUAUUAUACAAGUACUGAUUGGUUUAUUCAUGCACAUUUUUAUUUUUAAACUUUUUUUUAGAUAUGUCUAAAACACCAAUUACUUUGCUCCAAGAACUGUUAGUUAGCCAAGGAUAUUGUCCUACUUAUGACUAUGUUGGUGUAAAGAUUAAUCAGGCUCGUAGUUUUUUUGUAUAUAGAGUGGCUUGUAAAAAUUUGAGUGCUGAAGGCACAGGAACCACUAAGAAGGAGGCUAAGCAUGAUGCUGCAAAGAACAUGUUGUUAUUAUUAUCAUCAUCUAAAAUGAAUGAGACUCAAAUGCCAUCUGUUCAACCUUUGGUAUCUCCCACAACAGAUGAUGCAUUGUGCCUUACUCCAUCAAAGACUUAUGAAACAGUAUCUCCAUUAAAGAUGCCAUCCAGUACCUUUAUUAAUUAUGUUGGAAUGUUACAGGAAUUUUGCGUGCAGCAAGGCUUUAGAAAUGUAACGUACGAGGUCGUCGAAGAGAGUGGACCGCCUCAUAUGAGAAUGUUCACUAUGGAAGCGAAAGUGCAAUCAUGCAUGUUAGGGAAGAGGGGUACAGCGCAUUGCAAACAACUUGCUAAACACGAGGCUGCGAGACUGUUGUUGCAGCAUCUUCAAAGUUUAAGUGGAUCCACACAGACAAAUGACCAAAACCUAGAUAAGAAUAAUGGCAGUAUUCAAGAGAUGUUUGAAAAUGGUUCGCAGCUUACAUUAGAACAGCUGGAUAUUAAGCUGGCAAAGUGCGAGCCGGCACGUUCAAUUUCGGAACAGACCAAACGGAUGGAGACGUUAUUCAUUACGCAUACGAAAACGAGGAGGAACGCCACGCAGGAUUGCCUGGUGAAAAAUUGUCACACUACGUUUGAGAGGACAUAUUCCAGCAAGAUUCCCGACACCAUGAAGGCAAGGAUGAGAAUGACGUGUGACAAAUACGCCGAGCUACUAAAAUGCAAUCGAAUAGAUUUAAUACAAGAGACGAUACGAGAUAUCGAAGACACAUUACAGAUUAAGUUACAACAAGUCAGUGUAAACAGCCUUGGAAACAAUUAUACGGUAUGCUUGCGCUUAACGUCCCGCCCGACUAUCACACAAUUCGGUCUCGGUGAAACUAGGGACAAGGCAAAAGCGCAUGCUAUGUAUAAUAUUAUUUUAACUAUUGUAACAUUUUUAAAUUAGCAAUUGGAUAUUUUGUUCUGACAUGUAUAUGUACAUACAUUAUAUAUAUAUAUAUACAUAUAAUAUAUAAUAACAAUUAUAAAUAACAACACAUCAUCAUUGCAUGUGAAAUAUGAAAAAUAUUAAUAUGUUACAUUAAUGCCUUUGUUAAUUCUUCUAUUGAUUUUGUAUGUUGUAAAGUUGGAAAUAUAAUAGUAUAACAGAUGAAACUAUUUACAAAUAAAUAAUGAAAA